CCAAACUUCACACACCUAGACCACAAGCACCAAAGGCAAGCAAGCAGUAGUAACCACAAAUCCAACAUGAAGACCUUUCUCAUCUUUGUCCUCCUUGCCAUGGCGAUGAACAUCGCCACUGCCGCUAGGCAGCUAAACCCUAGCAACAAAGAGUUACAAUCACCUCAACAAUCAUUUUCCCAUCAACAACAACCAUUUCCACAGAAGCCAUAUCCACAACAACCAUAUCCAUCACAUCAACCAUAUCCAUUGCAACAACCAUUUCCCACACCCCAACAACAAUUUCCCCAGCCCCAACAACCGACCCCCCUACAACCACAACAACCAUUCCCCCAGCAACCACAACAACCUUUUCCACAGCCCCAACAAUCAUUUCCUUGGCAACCACAACAACCAUUUCCCCAGACCCAACAAUCGUUCCCUCUGCAACCACAACAACCAUUCCCCCAGCAACCCCAACAACCAUUUCCCCAGCCCCAACUACCAUUCCCCCUACAACCACAACAACCAUUCCCCCUACAACCGCAACAACCAUUUUCCCAGCAACCCCAACAAUCACAACAAUCAUUUCCCCAGCCCCAACCCCAGCAACCCCAACAACGAUCCAUCCUGCAACCACAACAACCACAACAACCAUUUCUGCAGCCCCAACAACAAUUAUCCCAGCAACUAGAACAAACAAUUUCCCAGCAACCCCAACAGCCAAUCCCCCAGCAACCACACCAACCUCAACAACCAUAUCCACAACAACAACCAUCUGGGAGUAGUCUUACAAGCAUCGGUGGCCAAUGAAAUGAAGACAUAAUACAAGACGGAUGGAUCAUCGUUGUUUAGUCAAUGAGUGUUCAAUGUAACGAUGAUAAAUAAAGUGAUGUGCACCAUAAUGUGUAACCCCGACCUAUACUAGUUCAAACAUGGGAAUAAAAGACAAAGAAAGUUCUUGUCACAAAGACAUUA